UAUUGGAAUUUAUGUAUAUAUUUAUGAAUUGAUUGUAAAGGCACUGAAUUUUAAGUUUGCGCCAUGGGAAAAAUAGACCAACACUUAUAGGAAUUUAUAUCCUGAAUUAUGUAUAUACUUGUUGGAAAUAUAGUGUUUGUGAAGUGCAAAAUGCGUCAUUAGGCCUUGGCAAGGCAUUUGUUGCUCAGAAACACAUAAGGAAAAUCACUGACACUAACUGAAUAAUUACAGUUUGACAAGGACUGAAAGAGAACAUGAAGAAUAACACAGAUUAUCAGACAGAGAGCUUAGACGAUCUGAACGAUCGUUAUGCAAGAGCAUUACUUCCGCUUACAAUAGCCUUUGGGUUCCUUGCCGUUUUCGGAUUUUUCGGUAAUCUUAUAAUUCUACUCGUGUUCUCUUUGAGUCGGGAUUACAAGCGGAAUAAUUUCAAAGUGUUCGUUCUGACACUUGCAGUGAUAGACUUGGUGAUAUGUUUAACUUUGAUACCCGCUGAGAUGGUGAAACAGAGGAAAUACUUUGAGUUUGGAGACGUGGUAACGUGCAAAGUGAAGUGUUUUUUCAACGUGUUUGGGGCAUCUUCCUCGUGUCUCGCCCUCUUGGUAAUAUCAAUAGAUAGGUUUAGAAAGGUGGUGCAGCCAUUUAAGAAACAAAUGACACCAGCCAUUGCAGUAAAAUUUUUGAUAGUGGUUGCUUGUGUAUUCCCUAUACUUUUCGCUAUACCUGGAACUAAUAUGUGUGGAAUAAAAACAACGAAUAUGACGAAUACACAUGGAGAAAACACGACUAUACAUCUAUGUGAAACAGAAGAUAAGUACGAGAAAUCCAUUUGGAGGACAAUCUAUAAAUUCACAUUCAUCAUUUUACUGGUCGGAAUUUCAGUGACGUACAUAGUGCUGUAUAUAUUUGUGAUGAGAGAAGCUGCUAAACAAAUGAAAGCUAUCUCAGUGCAGCGAACACAUUCUUCGCUUGAAACGGUGUUUACCACUGGAAUUUAUUUUCAAAAUACAAUUUGUAAUGAAACACCGGAGACCAACCGUAAACAAAUAGGGAUAAAUGAGAAUACUGGAAGUAACAUGUCAGUGCCCAGUACAAUGAAUAACGGUUCGCCAUCAAAUUGUACGCUGCAGAAUGGUGGUUCGAACCAUACGGGGAGCAUCGAACAGAUCUGUAACAGAUAUGGUCGACCAAAGUGCACCAGACAUCUCCCAACAAAGACCAUUAUUUGGUUUAUAUUGACUAUUGUGUUUAUUGUUACGUAUGUUACGCAUAAUUUACUGACUCUAAAAGUUGGAGAAAUUGUCAAUAUGUCACCAAGUGAGUUUACGCUGUUUUCGUUUUUCUUUCGCAUAUACUUCUUAAAUCAUGUUAUCAAUCCAAUUGUGUAUGCUUUAUUUGUCAAAAGGUUUAGGAGCUCUUGCAGAAAUGUGGCUCCAAUGCUGUUAUUGAAACUUAGGCAAUGUUGUGUGAGAUAAUAUAUAGCGAAAUAAUAUGGUGUUAAACAAUUCAGCAAUAUUUCGUUGCAAUAAUUUGAUAUUUGCUACAAGAGAAGUCUAAACGGAUUAAAUACCCAAUAUUUAUUUGCUAUAAUUGAUUGUCUGUCGACGUUGUGCUACAACAGAGAUUAAAUGCAACCGGUUAAGCCUAUUACCUUUUUA